GCAUCGCGUCGGAGGCUCUCCGAAAGAAAGUAAUUAACAUCAGUAGUAAUUCGUACAUGCGUCAAUUCACUCUUUUGUUAACUCAAAUAAGCGGUGAUAUUGGAAGCUAUUAAUACAUCAACCAGAUUCGUACGUGGAAUUGUUUGUUGAAAGAGGCAUUAAGAAAAGUUGUGUGGUGUACCUAAUUUUAAAUUGAAGACUGAAAUUACAAUGAGCGGAGAGGCUAUAUCGUACGACGACGUAAGCUACGUGGACGUGCACUCGCUGCCGCUGAGACCGCCGCAGCCGCUCGUCCCGCCCGAGAAGGCCGUGCGCAGAUCCUGGCACCCCGUCAUGUGGGAUGAAGCCAACCACGAGGGACAACCCGUUAAGGAAGACGAGGAGGAACAAAAAACUAAAGAGUACCCUCACAAGAAACAAAUUCGCAACAUCAAGCGUCUCGUCGCAGAAGGAAAGAUAAAACCGACAUCAGAAUCUCUCAUAUUUUUCCUUUGUAAUAAGUUUGCGAUAUCUGAAGAAAGGCAGGCUAAAAUGAACUCCGGUUAAUAGGCGGCAAUAAUUAUGUCAAAUAAAUUAACAAAAUAAUACUGUAAUUAUACUAAAAACAUAUGUACUAAAACUAAUUUUGUGAUAAUAUUUGUAUUGUGGAACAUUUAUAAUGGAAACAACUGAAUUAAUACAGUAAUAAUUGGUUUAAGUUGUGAUAUAAAUAUUAAUUAAGAAAUAAAAUGUAAUAAUGUAUCAAUUUAUAUUUUCAUACUUUAGCAUUUGUUCUUCGACCAAGGUAAUAAAUAACAAGGGCAAUAAAUAGAAAAAAAUUAAAUAAAAAUAAAAAUCUAUCCGUGUAACUUUAA